AUGUUGGGUUGUGCAAACAUGGCGACGAAUUCUCAUCUUCUUCUUCCUCAGGCAUUGCACAUGAUACCGAGAAUCCCUACUUUAUCCUCGAACAAUUUAGGGGUUUCUUCAUUUCUACCACGAGCAUCUCGUCUUUCACUUUCUAGGGGUUUUCUGAAUCAUUCCGGCUCGAAUUUCAUCGAUACUAGGAAGAGAAAGGAGUUUAUCGUUAAAGCUGAAGAGAGCAGUGAAGGUGAAACUGAGGCAGUUGUGGAGAAUGUUGCUGAAACUGGAGAAGAUGUUGAAGCCACUGUGGCGGAAGAAGCUAAAUCUCCGAGGAAGCCGAGGGUCAAGCUCGGAGAUAUCAUGGGAAUACUGAACCAGAAAGCUAUUGAGGUUCAAGAGAAGGUAAGACCGGUUCCUGAAAUUAGGACAGGGGAUAUUGUAGAAAUCAAACUGGAAGUUCCUGAGAACAGACGUAGGUUAUCAAUCUACAAAGGCAUAGUGAUGUCUAGACAAAAUGCAGGCAUCCACACUACUAUUCGUAUCCGAAGAAUAAUUGCAGGCAUUGGUGUUGAAAUCGUCUUUCCUAUAUACUCUCCAAACAUCAAGGAGAUAAAAGUGGUAAGUCACAGGAAAGUGAGAAGAGCAAGGCUUUACUAUCUGAGGGACAAACUUCCUCGUCUCUCCACUUUUAAGUGA